AUGACCUUGUACGCAGACAAUCUGACUUCUGACCUCACGCCAGCCCCUGAUCUUCCGGGUCAAGGCCAAAUCCUGACGGCUCACGAGUUUUUCGUCCUCAAGUGGUUCCUGGUAACCCUACAGGCGGUGGUCUGUCUGUUCGGUCUCGUCACCAACAUCAUCAACGUCGUCGUCUUCGGUAAAAUGGGCGUGGCUGAGAGCGCCACGUCACUCUCCUUUUUCUCCCUGGCCGUUUCCGAUUUGGGUUUUGUAGCGACGUAUUCGGUGUACGUCAUCCUUCUGGUGUAUCGAGUCUUCGGCUAUGACGUGAGCUACAAUCUCUUCGUCAUGUUCUCCUGGAUGUUCUUUUACAACGUUUCCACGGCUAUAACGGUGUACGUCUCGCUACAAAAAAUGUUCUGCGUGGCGAUACCGUUCAGGUUUAAGAACGUGUUCACUUUGAGGAGAACUGCGGUGGUUUUGCUGGUGACUACUGUUGUUAUAGCCAGCUUCUACGUGCCUGUGUUUGCUACGCUGUAUAUCGGAGAGUUUAGAGAUUCUCUGAACAACACGACAAGACUGGCCGUGGCAUACAGACCUGGUCAUCGGGGUUACAGGAGAGACUACGAGAUCUCCAUGCAGUACCUCCUGCCCUUCUCAGCUCAGGUCAUCGUGAUCAUUUGUCUGAUCGUCCUCUUCAACAAGCUCUCUAGGGCGUCCAACUUUCGGAGACAGAAUCUCACGAUAAAAACCACCAAAGACGACUCGGCAAACUCCGGAGCUUUUCAGCUGUCCGGGAAAGAAUUACAGGCUGUGAAGGCUGUGCUGGUGGUGGCGGCCAUGUUUGUGACGUGUAACCUGCCUCCUGUGCGCAGCACCACAGCGUCUCUGUUGGAGCCGGACUUCCAAGAGUUUGGACGCUAUUUUAGACUCUUUUUCGCCAUCAGUUACGGCCGUUUCACGCUGAUGACGAUCUGCUCGUCCUUGAACAUCGUUGUCUACGCCACGUUCAACAGCAACUUCCGGCAUACUCUCAAAGCGAUGUCUCCCAGUUGUUGGAGGGAAGAAAAUGGCGUCGACACAAAGAUAGUCCCUUAG